CCCCUCCCCACCGAACUCUUCUAAAACCUUUGGGUUAAAGCAUUUCUGUCUCUGCAUUGGCCCUAAAGGAUCACCGCCCAUUUGGCCUAGAAGUUCCUUCCCCUUUUUCCUGCCAGCCGCAAGAAUUUCAGUUUCACUUCUCAGCCAGCUCCUCAGGAGGAACUACUUCAUACAGGCUGAGCCCGGCUGGAGGGUGAAUCCUGACUACUGCUCAGGCUUUUCCUCACCACUUAAAGCAGGAAUCGAGACUUCUCCAAUGGAGCCUGAAGGAAUCACUAGGCAAGAAGACCCUCAGGAGUCAGAACAGGAAGAAGCCAAGGGAACAGCUGCUAUGGUUUUAAAUUUUCUGGUGAACGUACAAGAAGCCAUGACCUGUUCCAUCUGCCUGGAGCUCCUGACAGAACCCCUGAGUCUAGACUGUGGCCACAGCUUCUGCCAAACCUGCAUCACUAACAACAAGGAGUCAGAGAUCGACCCAGGAGGGGAAAACAGAUGUCCUGUGUGUGGUAUCAGGUAUUCCCAUGGAAACCUAUGGCUUAAUCAGCAUCUGGCCAACAUAGUGGAGAGGUUCAGGGAGGUCAAGGUGAGCCCAGAGGAGGGGCAGAAGAGAGAUCUCUGUGUGCGCCAUGGAGAAAGACUCCUGCUCUUCUGUAAGGAGGAUAGGAGGGUCAUUUGUCGGCUUUGUGAGCGGUCUCAGGAGCACCAUGGUCACCACAUAUUCCUCAUGGAGGAGGCUUUCCGGGAGUCCCAGGAGCAGCUCCAGGCAUCUCUAGAGAGGCUGAAGAAAGAGCAGCAGGAAGCUGAGAAGUUGGGAGCUGAAAUUAGAGAAGAGAGAACUUCCUGGAAGUAUCAGAUACAGACUGAGAGACAAAGGAUACAAACAGAAUUUAAUCAGCUUAGAAGCAUCCUGGACAGUGAGGAGCGAAGAGAACUGCAGAAAUUGGAGGAAGAGGAGAAGAAGACAUUGGAUGACUUGGCUGAGGCUCAGGAUGAACUGGUCCAGCAGAGCCAGUUGCUGAAAGAGCUCAUCUCAGACCUGGAGCGUCGCAAUGAAUGGUCAGCAACGGAGCUGCUGCAGGACAUGAGUGGAAUCAUGAAAUGGAGUGAGACCUGGACACUGAAGAAGCCAAAAACUGUUUCUAAAAAACUGAAGAGUGGAUUCCGUGUUCCAGAUCUGAGUGGAAUGCUGCACACAUUUAAACAGCUAACACAUGUCCAGUGCUACUGGGUGGACAUCACAUUGAAUCCAUUCAACCUAAAUAUGAAUCUUCUCCUUUCAGAGGAUCAGAGACAGUUGGUAUCGGUGCCAAUUUGGCCUGUAAAGUAUUAUAAUUAUGGUACCUUGGGGUCCCAAUAUUUCUCCUCAGGGAAACACUAUUGGGAAAUAGAUGUGUCCAAGAAGACUGCCUGGAUCCUGGGGGUAUACUGUAGAAGACGCUCCGAUAAUAUAAAGUCUGGUGUUAGACGAGGCAAAAAUCAUCAAAAUGUUUACUCCAGAUUCAAACCUGAAAAUGGCUACUGGGUUAUAGGAUUACAGAAUGAGUCUGAGUACAAUGCCUUUGAGGACUCUUCCACUUCUGAUCCCAAGGUCUUGACUCUUUCCGUGGCAGUUCCUCCCUGUCGUGUUGGCGUUUUCCUAGACUAUGAAGCAGGCACUGUCUCAUUUUUUAACGUCACAAACCAUGGAUCACUCAUCUACAGGUUCUCUAAAUGUGACUUUUCCAAGUCUGCUUAUCCGUAUUUCAAUCCUUGGAACUGUCCAGCUCCCAUGACUCUGUGCCAGCCCAACUCCUGAACCUUUUCAUUCCCUCACCCACUUGCAGCAUCCCUGUCCCAGUGUCAUCUGUACCCUUCAUACCAUCUCUUCCUUGCUGUCUCUUUUUUAGAACUUUUCCUCAUCCUUGGGAUCUGCACUGUUUCUGGCUUGAGUUAGGAGAGGAGCUCAUUUACCCAUUCACCCAUUUUUGUAUUCUCAAAGAAAGACACCAGAGUCCCUCCUUAAGACAGAGAAGGAUUGAUAUAGCAUCUUUGGCCUUCUAUUUAUCCACAUUUCCCUUUAUUGGUGUUCUGACGAGACAUGACUAAACCUGUCUUCCACCAUCCAUGAUCGUAGGACAGUUUAUAAUCCCUAUCCACCACUAACAACUAAGGAAUCUUUGAGUGUAUGUCCAUUUGUUGCCAAGGGGUAUAACAUUGUUCAUUAGAGAGUCAAGGAAAGAAAAA